AUGGUCAUAUAUUUGACUUACGGAUGGCUGUUUGCGUACGUUGCAUUGCCUGGAUUCUUACUCGGGGAUCUGGCUUUCCGAUGCCCGAGUUGUACUGCGGAGCGUCUCGCUGCGUGUUCCAGAGUCACGGCGGCAUGUCCAGAGAUAGUGAGGGAGCCGGGCUGCGGUUGCUGUCCGCUGUGUGCCAGGCUGGAAGGGGAGCUUUGUGGGGUCUACACGCCGAGGUGCUCCGGCGGCCGGAGGUGCUACCCAAGCACCGAGUCCGAAUACCCGUUGCAACAGCUCAUCCACGGUUUAGGACGAUGUAGACAACAAGAGGACUCGGACGUCACGACAAGUCUGGAACAGCAGGCUACAAAUGAGGUGCAUGGGACGGAGAACCCCUUCACCAAAAGACCUGCCGCAGAUGCUUGGAUGUGGCAGGAGUCCGCCAGGAAACAACACCUGAACGAGCGCAAAACCAAGAUGAAGACGAAUCAGCUGGAGGACCCUCGAACCCAGAAAGGGCUCCAGAGCGCCUGUCAGCAGGAGCUGGACAGCGUCUUGGAGGAGAUCUCCAAGAUGACCUCUGAGGACAGCAGAGGCCCGCUGGAGUACCUGUACGGACUCAAGUUCCCAAACUGUGACCGGCACGGUCUGUACAACCUCAAACAGUGCAACAUGUCCACCCACGGCCAGCGGGGGGAGUGCUGGUGCGUUAACCCCUUAACCGGGAUCCAGAUCCCGGCGACGCCGAAAGUGAGAGGGGAUCCCAACUGUGACCAGUUUGAGGAGGAGCUUAGAGAGAUGCCAACUGAAGCAGCGUUCUACUAG